CCGUAUCACUACGUACCUACCGAGUGGAUCUGUAUACUGUUUGUUGUGCUGUACAGCAUUUCGACGGUCUUGCAUCUUGGCCAAAGCGUCAAAUACCGCUUGUGGUGGCUGCUGCCCACUGUCGUGCUCGCCGGAGCGAUCGAGAUCAUGGGCUGGAGUGCUAGAUUGUGGUCCAGCAAGAGUCCUAGACUUUUGGAGCCUUACGAGAUACAGCUGGUCGGCACGAUUCUAGCACCUACACCCCUGGUGGCCGGGAACUUCAUAAUACUCGGGAACAUUGUGAAGCUGUUGGGCACUCGCUAUAGCCGACUUCCUCCGAAUUGGUUCGCCAUCGUCUUCUGCUCAUUCGACGUGAUAUGCCUGAUCAUACAAGCAGUCGGAGGCGCAUCUGCUGCUGCUGCAGUUGGGCAAGGGAGAAAUCCUGAGAAGAACAUGUCUAAGUCCUACCAGGGUGGAAAUGUCAUGCUCGGCGGGAUUGUUGCCCAGAUGAUUGCGAUUGCUCUCUAUGUUGCCUGCGCGGGCGAAUUCUUUCUGCGAUACUUUUCCGACUCCCCUGUUCGAAUUGAGAGCAGCGAGACUACGGUCCGUGGUGGACGACUCAAUCAAAAGAUGAAGUACAUGAUCGUCGGAUUGACUUUCGCCACAACCUGUAUUUUCAUUAGGUCUGUUUACCGUACGAUCGAGCUUGCCAACGGAUUUGCGGGACCGAUCAUCUCGACGCAAGUCUACUUCAACGUCCUUGACGGUGCAAUGAUUACUCUGUCCAUCUAUACCAUUAAUAUUGCGCACCCAGGCUUCUUGUUGACUAAACAGGUGGAGAAUAUGGCGUUGCAGGGUAAAGAAUCCAAGGUGUAG